AUGCCAUUGGAGGUUUGCUCAAGGCUGCGGCUGGGUACCCGGCGCCUCCUGGUUGCUGACAAGGACAAGGCUCGGGCGGCGGCUCCGGCAGCUUCCGCGGCGCCGACCCCGCUGCUGCUGGGCACGUGGGGCCAUCUUGGCCUUUCACAAGCAGGAUGGGGCUUUGGCGGCGGCUCGAGCAGCUUCGGCGGCGCCACCCCGGCUGCUGCUGGGUAUCUGGCCCCGCCGAGGUACGACGGGAGGGAGAUGGCGCGCGUCGGUGGCGGCGCGCUCGCGCCACAGUGGUCGGCCAUUCCGAACAUGGGCGGCCAGGAGGCAGGCAGUUUUUCGGGAGAAGCCACGCAGCAUAUCCCCACAGCAGGACUAAACCACGAGGUUAUGUUCAAGGAUCUCGCGGCUAUGGGCCAGCAGAAGGAGCGAGACCACGACAAGGCCGCCGAGCUUUACGAGAUCGCUCGAACGCGGGUGGACCAGGAGCAGAUCGAGCGGAAGAUCGACCUGACGACGGCGCAGCAGCUGGACGACGAGGCCAUGUGGGGCCUCGGGGAUGCGUACGCCAGCGGAGGCAGGCUGACUCUGGCCUUCAACACCUUCAGCAUCCUGAAGGAGCGGUAUGAUGGGCUGCAGAAGAAGAAGGCUCAGCAGAGAUGGGCGGAUGUGGCCUUCAUGCUGGGCUGUGCGCUGUACAAG